AUGGAUGCUGUUAGUCCUACUUUUUGUUGGCAGUACUUCACAUCUUUACACCAUUUAACAUUAACUAAUUCGAUUCCUGAUCCUCAGUAUGUUCAUAGUGAAUAUUAUUUUGGAGAAUGUAAGAGGACGAACAAUAUAUUGUAUACUCAUGUUCAUUUAGACCAUAUGGAUGUUCUGGGAAAAAUCAUAAUAAGGGGCUGGAUAGAAGUAAUAAGGAUACCAACAUGCAUAUUACUACGAGCCACUUCAUACGAGAACGACAUGUUUCGAAGCACCGCCUUCAACUUCCAGAUGUGUGUCCCUCGCAUAACAUAUUGUCACUCAAUGAAACGAUACAAAUAUCACUACUACGAAUGGUAUUUACCAUACGACAUGGUCGGUGGUAUGAAUUGGGAUUUAUAUUUUUUUGGUUCACCUUCAAAAGAAUGGCAGUAA